AUGGCUACGCCUCCGGAGUCACCCGUAGAAGAACAUGCGUAUGAAUUGGAACCGAACCGACCUCCAAAGCCAAUACCUGUAGCCUUAGAAGAAUUGUGUAGGCAGACUAAGUUCUCGAAACAAGAAAUUAGAGUAAUGUACAGAGGAUUUAAGACGGAAUGUCCCGACGGCGUGGUGCACGAAGAAUCGUUUAAGGAUAUUUACGCGAAAUUUUUUCCUCAUGGCAAUUCAGCGCUGUACGCCCAUUAUGUUUUCAAGGCAUUCGAUGUCAACUGCAGCGGUGCAAUAAGCUUUCGGGAACUCCUAGUAACCCUAUCGACGCUGCUCCGCGGUUCGGUAUACGAGCGCCUCCGUUGGGCAUUUCGCCUCUACGACGUGGAUGGUGAUGGUGCGAUCACACGACAGGAGCUGAGCGAGGUGGUGGUUGCUGUUCACGAGUUGUUAGGUCGACGGGCGCCACCUGGGUCACCAGCUUCGAGGAUAGAUGACGCUAAAGCUGCUGAACAGGUCGACCGCGUGUUCAGAAAGUUGGACCUAAACCAGGAUGGAGUCAUCACCAUCGAGGAGUUCUUAGAGUCUUGUCUGAAGGAUGACGUCAUCACUCGGUCGCUACAGAUGUUUGACACGGGGCUAUGA